UUUGUUAAAGCAAUUUGCAGCUUCCUCACGUUAUCUUACUUCACAUCUCCCUCUUUUCUAAAUCCCAUUUCUUAUCUUUUCAGUUUCUUGAAUUCAAGAACUGAGAAAGAGAGAGAGGUGUGGAGAUGGAAGCUGUCAUUCAAACAAAAGGCCUUCUAUCCCUUCCUUCAAAUCCACAAACCAGAGCUUUUCUUAACAAACCAUCACCACACCAAUCUCUUAGACAACGAUUCCACCUCUCAAAUCCCUUAAAACCCAAAUCCACAAAUGGGUUUUCCUUAAAUGUCGAUGGGUGUAAAAAGUUUCAAGGGUUUGCUGCUACAAACCCUGGUUUGUUUAGUGCCCCAAAACCUAAACUUUUGCAUGUCUGUAAAGCUUCCGCCGCCGCCGCGCCCCUCCCCGGCGGCGCAGGCUAUGGCGACGUAGAAACCCCAAAGUUUAUGGGUAUUGAAGUCCUGACCCUAAAAAAGAUUGUACCUUUAGGGUUAAUGUUCUUCUGUAUUCUUUUCAAUUACACAAUCCUUAGAGAUACAAAAGAUGUAUUAGUGGUAACAGCCCAGGGUUCAAGUGCUGAAAUUAUACCCUUUUUGAAAACCUGGGUUAAUUUGCCAAUGGCAAUUGGGUUUAUGCUGUUGUAUACAAAAUUGGCUAAUGUUUUAUCAAAGAAAGCUCUUUUCUAUACUGUAAUUCUUCCAUUCAUCGCGUUUUUUGGGGCUUUCGGAUUCGUUUUGUACCCUCUUAGCGGUUACGUUCACCCCACAGCACUUGCUGAUAGACUCCUUGAGUUCUUGGGUCCGCGGUUUCUCGGACCUCUUGCCAUUAUGAGGAUAUGGAGUUUCUGUUUGUUUUAUGUCAUGGCUGAGCUCUGGGGAAGUGUCGUCGUUUCGGUUUUGUUUUGGGGGUUUGCUAAUCAGAUAACAACAGUUGACGAAGCGAAAAAGUUCUAUCCUCUAUUUGGGCUUGGAGCGAAUGUUGCAUUGAUAUUCUCGGGGAGAACCGUUAAGUACUUUUCAAAUAUGAGGAAACAUUUGGGUCCAGGAGUCGAUGGAUGGGCAAUUUCAUUGAAAUACAUGAUGAGUAUUGUGGUGUUAAUGGGUUUUGCCAUUUGUGGUCUUUAUUGGUGGGUUAAUACAUUCGUUCCUCUCCCUACUCGUAGCAAGAAGAAGAAGGAGAAGCCGAACAUGACCACAAUGGAGAGUUUGAAAUUCUUGGCUUCAUCGCCUUACAUCAGGGAUUUAGCCACUUUGGUUGUAGCAUAUGGAAUUAGCAUUAAUCUUGUUGAGGUUACAUGGAAAUCAAAGCUCAAGGCGCAGUUCCCAAGUCCAAACGAGUAUUCUUCCUUCAUGGGUGACUUUUCAACAGCAACUGGAAUAGCAACAUUCACAAUGAUGUUAUUAAGUCAAUGGAUAUUCAACAAAUAUGGUUGGGGGGUGGCUGCUAAAAUCACACCCACAGUUCUACUUUUAACCGGGGUUGGGUUCUUUUCUUUGAUUUUGUUCGGUGAUCCUCUGGGACCCGGUCUUAUGAAGUUUGGAAUCACUCCACUUUUAGCAGCUGUCUAUGUUGGUGCACUGCAAAACAUAUUUAGUAAAAGUGCAAAAUACAGUUUGUUUGAUCCUUGCAAGGAAAUGGCAUAUAUACCCUUGGAUGAAGACACCAAGGUUAAAGGAAAGGCAGCCAUAGAUGUGGUGUGCAAUCCAUUAGGGAAAUCAGGAGGAGCAUUGAUUCAGCAGUUUAUGAUUUUGACUUUUGGAUCACUUGCAAACUCGACACCAUAUCUUGGUGGAGUGCUUCUGGUUAUUGUGGUGGCAUGGUUAGGGGCAGCAAAGUCAUUAGACACACAGUUUACAGCUUUGAGACAAGAGGAAGAGCUUGAGAAGGAGAUGGAGCGGGCAGCGGUCAAGAUCCAGAUUGUUUCAUCGGAUGUAGACACGAAUGAGAAUGGGCAGCUGGUCAGUGAUUCGGGCAGCAGUAACUCAGGGGAAUCGUCGUUUCCAAGGAAUGAUUGAAUUGAAUUGAAUUGAAUUGAAGAUGCUGGUUGUUAUAGGGGUUUAGAGUUUGGAAUUUGGAUACACAGGUAAAGGUGGAAACUUUGGGAUGUUUUUUCUAGGGUUUUCUUGUUUUUAUUUUUGAGUAGAAUAAUCAGAGCAAAUCCAGGAAUGCUGCUGCUGACUUUUGGAAGUCGUUGAUGUUUUUUGUAAGGUUUAUGUUUGUUCGCAGGCAAAUCUUUGUAGAAACGACAUUUGAAUGUUGUUAAUGUGAUGAAAUGUAUUUGUUUUUUUUUUA